CUGCUAUGUGGAUGAAAAGAUCAUAUCCUAGUUUAAAACCGUUGGGAGGCUAUGUUACGGACCUGCUGAAUCGUUUGAAAUUUUACAGGUUAGAAUGGUAUGACAAUGGAAAGCCUGCUGUCUUUUGGAUAUCUGGAUUUUACUUCACACAGCCAUUCUUAACUGGAGCGAAGCAAAAUUACGCGCGGAAAUACACCAUUCCUAUUGACUUGCUUGGAUUCGACUUCAAGGUAGCUAAAUUAACAAUUAUAGCGAAAAUAAGUGUAGAAAUAAGAAAAAUGAAACCUGGACUCGAGAACCGAGAAGAACGAGAGAGCUCAAAAGAUGAGAAAGAUGAACCUUGA